AUGGCGUCGCCCUUGGCAUUAGGGAGACGUGAUAUCAGCAGCACCAUUGACGGUGUCAAAGAGUCCUUCAGUUCGUGGGACGCCUGCAUGUCCAAGGCCUACUGCAAAUGGCCCGUUAUUGCUGGCCAUCGCCGCGUCGAGUCGCCGCCGCCUGCUGCCUUCCCCAACAACCAGCAAUACCAGUCUGCCCCGCCCAUGUAUGCCGGCCCAGGAUGGAACCAGGACAACACCCCGCAGUACGCCACUUUCGACGUCUCCAGCGGCGACAAGAAAUUCAACGAGGACGCCUUGCCAGCGAUGCCUACCUGGGAAACCGCCAAGAGCACUAAGGUCGAGGUUCACGAGGAGCAAGUGAGGGAGCAUCCAGAUGACAUGGAGAUGAAGAAACUGGACAUGAAGCCAGGAGGCUCUCCCACCAACAGCAGCGUCGGUCCCAGCCCAGUAAAUAGCCGCUCUCCUGCCCCGCCAUCCGAAUACGGCCUCCCUGUCCAGCCACGCCCUAUUCACCCGGCAAACUCGAACUUCGUGAACGACUUCAAGAGCCCGAGCCCGUACCAGAGCGAGUUCAACGCCGGCCAAGACCAGCCCGCCUAUUUCAACGGCCAGCCGCAGCAGCCUUACGGAAUGCAGCGACACGCCUCCCCGGCACCGGCACCGUACCAGGACCAGAACCAGCCUUAUCACUAUGCGAACGACCCCUAUGGCCAGCAAGCUUACGGAUACGAUCACGGCGCCGCACCAUACGGCCAGCAGUACGACACGGCGAGUAGUGUGGGAGGCUACGCGCCAAGCCAAGCACCGACUGGCUACGCGCCCUCGGGCUCUACGCGCUACGAGCCUUCGAUGCACAACGCGUACCAGGAUCCGUACCAGCGUGGGCCUCCUCCACCAAUGCCGCCCAUCGACAGGGCCGGCACAGCCAGCCCAUACCAGUCCUACGGCCAGCCUCCAAGGCCGCCCGUCGAACGCGCCGCAACCGCCAGCCCGUACCAGCCCUUCAACAACGCCCCCAGGCCACCGGUUGAGCGCUCGGCGACGGGGAGCCCGUGGGAGCGAUUCGGCGCCAACAGAAACCCUGCUGGGUACUGA